CCUUGUCACACUUCGCAGAAUCACUCCUUCCAACUGUGUAUCAUCAACCCAGCGUGUGGUAGGACGGGUCGUUCCCGACAGCGACCCGCGUGUUUGAAGCGCGUUGUGUUUCAUGUGGAAGGUUCAGUCAUUUUACGAGGAUAGCCUUUCUUCUGGCAAGCAGUGCUAUCAUCUUCGUGUGUCCAACACGUCGCUACAGUGGGGCACAGUUAUUCCUGACCAAGUCCCCCGCCACAACUACGCAAGGAUAGCAGCGGCAACACCAUGAGGGACUCCGCUAUCGUCCUGUGUUUCCUGUUUGUCCUCUUCUGCGCAGCAACGCUGAUCAACCUGUCCAUAUCGAACCUACUUUUUCGGAGCGAACAGUGUCCAUCGGAAACAACCCAGGCGCCAGUCACUUGCAUAGCGGUGUCCACCACGAAGCCGUCCACCGGGACUACCACCACUCCCGUCGUUACCGCAACAAAUAUCACCACCCCCGCAUCUGCGACACCUACCGCCAUUCCAACGUAUCACUUUGCCUGUGGGGGCCCCGACUGCAUAAGGAAAAUCUAUGAGUCCGCCACUGAUCCUAAGGUAUCACCCUGCGACGACUUUUUCGCCUACACCUGCUCUGGGUUCUUCAGGUCCUUCCCAAACACGAGUUCGGUGACGUUGCUGCAAAAGGACGAUAUCGCCCGGUACAUCAUAGAGCAAGUAAAAUCGGCUCUGAUCCCACCGUCGGGGCAGGGUCCAUUUGAGAAGGCUGCGGGGCUCUUCGAACAGUGUGAGGAACGUGAAGCGAACAAGGACAAAAGCAUCCACUACAUAUCAGACUUCUUACAGCGCUUGGGAAUGCCAUCUCCGAGUGCCCAUUUCGAGCCUAUUGACGUGGUUGUAAAGUCGUCUCUCUUAUACAACAUCAACGUGCUUUUCCAGCUGCGACCGUCGCCGAAAGAAAACCCGACCUCCUUCACUGACCGGUCCUGGGGAUCUCUUGAAAUGAUUGCAUCUCCUGAAAUGAUAGACUGCAUCGCUUACCUUUACUCUGGUUCCGGAAGCCAUUCGCAACCCGUACGUGGAUUCGAUGAAGCUUACGUGCCAAGUAUAAUGAUGCAGGGAGCUGACGAAAAAGAUUUCGAAUCCAAGUUUGAAAUGAACUUCAUCAAGAUCCCUUUUCUGACGUCGUUGAUUUCCGAUCCGUACACCGCUACCCCUGAAAACCUUUGGUUCGGAUCCCUGGCAGUCGACAUCCCGUCGCAAUCCUGGGUUGAAGCGUUCAGAAAAUACUCGGGAAGCGCUGACUUUAUGAACACUUCUCUCACCAUACCGAAAGCUUCCGCCGAGCUCUUCCAUCAUUUCAGCAAGCUGAAGGACACAUCGACGAGGGAUUUUGUAUACAAAUACACAAAAGUCAUUUUGGAGUUUGUGGCUAACGUUUCCAAUUAUCAAAUGGCAGGCACACGGUGGAGCUGUUACAACCUCACCAUGUCGGCGAUGCCUUACGCGUUCGCCUGGCCUAUUUUGAAUGGCAAUUCUAUAAAUUAUUAUACCUUCUCUCUCUUACGGGCUGUCCUAAACAAAGUCAAUGCUACAAUGAAUUCGGUGAAAUAUUUUCCCACGUUCCGUGGCAUGUCCUGGUCUUGGCCGUCGCUCGCUCGUGACUUCAACUCUGUAAUCGGCGUCCCUCGCGAGUGGAGCUACGAAGCCAAUCUGAGCAGAUACUAUGCUUCCUACCCUGAUAUUAAUGCGCACGAUGUCUUCAUUUCCUCGUUCGUAUCCGUCUCCACGAUCGCAAUGAGAGCUCUCGUAUUGGAAAAGCCCUCACAAUGGCCACCUCCCGAUCUUGCCGCAACCCUCGCCGUGACGUACAGCACAAGGCGCCGUGGCAGCUUGAAAAUUCCUCCAUCGGUGCUUUUCCCCCCGUUCUACAAGUUCGCGAACCUUGACGAAAUGAACUACGGCUCACUGGGCUCGUCUAUGGCAUCCGCGUGGAUGUUGCAGGGCGCCGACUUCGGCCAGUCUCCCCUUUUCAGGCAAACGGCGUCGAACGACCUGCGUUACUCGUCCCGGCUCUGCUGCCCAAACCCUGCAACGUGGCGACCGUACAGCAUUUCGGAGGAAGCCAGGGAUGUGAAGGUACUUGGCGGCGACGUUGCCUGGCCAUACUUCAACGAGCUGUACGAGAAGCUGUACGCAACGGACCUUCUCGGGAUACAGACGGCGCACAGGGCGUACAAGGAUUCGUAUUGGCAGGGCCAAGAGCAUGACUUCGUCAGUAACACUAGACUAUUUUUUUCCGCCACUUGCUACAGGUGGUGCAACUCCCAGGGUGCGACCGAAUUCGAAUGGGAAGGGGACGUCUCACCGAGACUGCGUUGCAACGAGCCUCUCAAAGACAUUCCGGAAUUUGCAGCCGCAUUUUCGUGUCCUCGGGGAAGCCCCAUGAGCCCGCUGGAGAGAUGCGUUGGACUUUCAUGAUUAUAUUACCG